GAGGGAACGUGCACACGCACUACCACGAGGAGAAGUGCUACGAGGAGGGGCUGCACUUUUACCACCUGCGCUGCCACCGCUGGAGCCCCGGGCACCCCCUGGAGACCCCCAACGAGCCGGGGUCCCCCGGGGGGGGGCGUUACUCCCACGUUUCGGGGGUCCUGGCCGGGCAGGUGCUCCUGGUGGCCGGGGGCUUCUCGGGGACCCCUCGGGGCGACCUCAGAGCCUACAAAGUUCCCUCCUUCGUCCUCCAGCGCAGC